AUGUCUGCCGAUGUAGAUGAUGUUUUCGAUUUUGUUAAAUAUAUAAGAGGUGAAAGCGAAGCAAAGCAACGUUCAAAGUACUCACACAAACCGGGAAACCACGGUAAAACAGGCGUCAAUAAUGAUCGUGUAAAUAACAUACAAGGUGUUGAUAUAAAUCGGCCUCGGACUCUUAUUAAAAAAAGUUCUCAAGGCUAUUUAAGAGCUUGUUCGCCAAUACAGGAUUGUCUGGACCCAGUGAGAUCUCCACCAAAAAAAGUACGACCAAUUAAUAAAGUUCCUGAUGUAGCUAAAGCUCAAAAUCGAUAUACUAGGUCGAUAUCAGAAGUUGCUACGCCGAUGUCCUUUUUACCAUUCCAUCGAAGAAAACCAAGUGAUUCUAUAUGGAAUGUUGUUGAUGCUGUAACUUCACCAAUAGAUAUUUCAACCAGUCCACGAAAACAAAAUUUAGUUGCAAAAAUGACUAAACCUUCCAAUUCCAAACCUGACAAAAAUAAUACAUUAUCUCACCUUAUGACAUAUAGAGAUCCUAUUUCAAAGUCAAUAAUGGAUACUAGUCCUUCAACUAGUUAUAAUACGAAAGAUGAUAUCAUGAUUGAAGAUAUUAUUGCAACAACUUCAAAUACUCUCGAUUUUUCAA